AUGACGAUGGAGAACUACCAGAAGUUGGAGAAGAUUGGUGAAGGCACCUACGGCGUCGUCUACAAAGCUCGAGACCUUGCCAAUGGAGGUCGAAUCGUCGCCCUAAAGAAGAUCCGCCUUGAAGCUGAAGAUGAAGGCGUUCCUAGCACCGCCAUUCGCGAAAUUUCUCUCCUCAAGGAAAUGAAAGAUCCCAACAUCGUUCGUCUGUUCAAUAUCGUUCACUCCGAUGGCCACAAGCUAUACCUCGUCUUUGAGUUUCUUGACCUCGAUCUCAAGAAGUACAUGGAAUCCCUUCCCGUCAGCGAUGGCGGUCGAGGCAAGGCCUUGCCUGAGGGCUCAUCGCCGCACUUGCAGCACCUCGGCCUCGGCGACAUGAUUGUUCGCAGAUUCAUGUACCAGCUUUGCGAUGGUGUCAAGUACUGCCACUCUCACCGCGUCCUCCACCGUGAUCUCAAGCCCCAGAACCUGCUUAUCGACAAGGAAGGCAACCUUAAGCUCGCCGAUUUCGGUCUUGCCCGCGCAUUUGGUGUGCCUUUACGUACCUACACUCACGAAGUCGUCACCCUUUGGUACCGAGCCCCUGAGAUUCUGCUGGGAGGACGCCAAUACUCAACUGGUGUCGAUAUGUGGUCCGUUGGGUGCAUUUUUGCUGAGAUGUGCACGCGGAAGCCCCUUUUCCCAGGUGACUCUGAGAUUGACGAAAUCUUCAAGAUCUUCCGCAUUCUCGGCACACCUUCUGAGGAGGCCUGGCCUGGUGUCACAUCCUACCCCGACUUCAAACCAUCUUUUCCCAAGUGGCAGCGUGACUACAACAACCCCCUUUGCACCAACCUCGAUGACCACGGUCUCGACUUGCUUGAGCAAAUGCUGGUUUAUGACCCUGCUGGGCGUAUAUCGGCAAAGGGAGCCUUCAACCACCCCUAUUUUGAACCGUUCCUUGCACAUGUUCAGGCGUCCGCUCAGACGAAUGGUUACUAUCACUAG